AGAUUUAACAAAAGGAACUUAUUUUUAAAUGUUAAAAUGGGCAACGAACUCCAAACCACCAUGCAAAAAGUUGUCGAGGAAACGGCCAAACACGCACCAGAGGGUGUUCACGAUGAAGCGAAGAUUCGUCGCAUUUUGGAAACAGCUGCCAAAAUACCUGACCAAAUGUUGACAACACUAAAGAACCCAGCAAUCCAAAAAUUACUUCUAUGUGAUAAAGACUUGCUAGAGCUUCUCGCCCAAAAUGUCGACGCCUUGGAUCGUAUUGACCCGAAUACAGACGCCAGUCCUCUGAUGGUCUGUGCGGUGCUUGGACGAAAGGAAUUGGUUGCAUUGUUAGUGGAGAAGGGAGCCAAACUUGACAAAAGGAAUUCAGCAGGCCAAACAGCUUUGCUCAUGGCGUGUGUUGCCGGAAAUGAUGACGUUGUGGAGAUGCUUUUAGAAAAGACUGAAGACAUUAACUUGAAAGAUUAUGAAGGAGACAGUGCGCUACAUUUUGCCAUACUAGGUGGACAUGAAGGUAUAGCUCGUAUUCUAUUCGAUAAAGGAGCUGAUUUUCGGGACAAAAAUGACAGGGGCAGUGACGCCUUGAGUCUAUCAGUACAUCAAGGACUGGAGGCGACUGUGAAACUUCUCAUUGACAAAGGAGCUGAUGUCAACACCAGAGACGUGCGCCAAUGGACACCUCUGAUGCAUUCUGCUGUAGAGAACCAUUAUGAAGUGGCUGAGCUACUGAUAGAGGGAGGAGCAGAUGUGAACGCCGUACAAAUAUCCGGAGGGACAGCUCUUGAAAUCUGUGCAGACCAUGGCCACGUGGAGACAUUGAAAGUCUUGCUUAAGAAAAAAGCUAAUGUAAAUCACGUCAAUAAAGUUGGGUUUACGGCAUUACUUGUUGCCGCGCGCAAAGGCCGCAGUUUAGCAGCAAAAAAUUUAUUAAAAUACGGAGCUGAUGUAAACAUUACGGGAAAAGAUGGAACGUCCCCACUGUUUGUCAGUGCACUGGAUGGCAAUAAAAGCAUUGUUGAAAGUCUACUGAAGUUAAAAGCGGAUCCCAACAUAUCCGACAAUGACGGAGACACGCCUUUGAUGGGCGCAUGUCAAAAUGAUCACAUUGACAUUGUGGACAUGCUGCUGGAUGCUGGGGCUGAUGACAUGAUGUUUAGCUUGGAAUAUCAAAGUGCUAUGUCAGCAGCUGUCCAAAAUAGCCGGAAACGGAUUGUCAAACUGUUGCUGUCAAGACAACCGAGCCCAUACCCGAACAUAAAUUUCAGGGCUAAGAAUGGGAUGGGACUCCUGCAUCAAGCGUGUCAAACUGGCAAUAAAGACAUUGUCAAAAUGCUCAUAGAUCAUGGGGCCGAUGUCAAUUUAGUAGGACCCAAAGGUCAAACAGCUCUCUGCAACAGUGCUGACAAUGGACACACAGAGGUGGUGAAAGAACUUCUUAACGCCGGGGCACUGGUCGAUCUGUGUGAUGACGAUGGAAACUGUCCUUUGCUUAAUGCUGCGCUUAAAGGUCAUCUCAAUAUUAUUAAAGAUUUACUGACUGUUGGUGCAAAAGUUAACGUCUCCAAUGUCAAAGGUCAAACACCUUUAAUGCAGGCUGCGUAUGGGGGACAUUUAAACAUCGUUGAACUGCUUGUCGAUGAAGGUGCUGAUGUGAAUGCCAUUGAGAGAAAAGGUUGGAAUGCUCUGAUGUUAACCACUCAAUUCGGAAAUACCUCUGUUGCCAAUUUUCUCAUAGAAAGGGGAGCAAAUGUAAAUGCUCGGUCUAAAUCUGGAGUUACUGCCCUUGAUAUAAGCGCUGCUCAUGGUCACACCGUUAUUGUAAAAGAUCUUAUAAUGAAGAAAGCAGUUGUUGAUGUGACUGAUAAGGAUGCAUCGACUCCUUUGUUCAAAGCCUCACUGAAAGGCUUUGCCCACUCCAUCUCCGUUUUAAUAGAGCACGGGGCGGACAUCAAUUUUGCUAAUGCAAAAGGACACACUCCUUUGCUGGUCAGCGCACAAGAGGGUCACUCUGAAGUUGUGGACAUUCUCCUCCAAGCUGGUGCUGAAGUCAAUCACACUGAUAUAAUAAAUGGAAUCCCGCCAUUGCAUCUUGCCGCGCUGAAAGGUCAAAGGCUUAUCGUGGAGGCGCUGAUCAACGCUGGUGCUCAGGUGGAUGCGAUCAGUAAGAACAGGUGGACAGUGUUGAUGAACGCCGCCAACCACGGAGACCCUGAAAUUGUGAGGAUCUUGAUCAAAGCAGGAGCCAGUGUGAACCAGUGCGGGGACAACGGCUGGACACCACUGAUGCAAUGUGGGCAGUUUGGGAAAACCGAGUGUAUGAGGGUUCUUUUGGAGAAUAAUGCAAAUAUCAUAUCAACGGAUGAUAAAGGUAACACUAUAUUUCACAUUUGCUCGGCCAAUGGUCACAAGGACGCAGUUCAUCUUCUUCUAGAGAACAAAGGGAAGGCAGCAGCAGCAAACAACACUGGCUUAACACCUCUGAUGUUAGCAUGUUACAAGGGGCACGCUGAGAUCGUCCACUAUUUGUUACGUGACCAGGAAGUCCUUGAGAACCUGAACAUGAAAGAAUAUGAGAGAGGCGACACGGCUUUGAUUAUUGCUGCAAGGAAAGGGAAGGCGGACAUCGCCAGGGCGCUGAUCAAAGGGGGCGCUGACGUCAACAUCCGAAACAGACACGGAAGUACGCCACUCAACAUCAGCUCACAGUAUGGACACAGCGCUGUAGUGGAUGAUCUGCUAGUGAAAGGAGCUGAUGUUGAUGUGGCCGAUUCCGACGGUGACACGCCACUGUUAUCUUGUGCACCAAAUGGACACCACCUGGUCGUUGAAGCCCUUAUUAAAGCAAGGGCGGAUGUCAACAAAAAGAAUAACUCUGGGAAAUCAGCCCUUGUUCUGACAGCAGAGAACGGACACUGUCAAACAGUGAAGACCAUUCUUGCACAGAAGGAUGAUCUCAGCAGUGAAGACAUUCAACGUGCCAUGUUUGCCGCCAGACAAUAUAGAUACCCAGAGAUUGCUGCAAAGAUUGAAGAAAUUACUGGGCAAAAAUACGACAAGGGUAUGAUUAUAGUUGUUAUCUUGUUAUCCAGGGGUUUGUUAUAACCAGUAAUAUGUAAUUACAAAGAUAUGUAAUAAUUAACAGUAUCCUCAGAUGUAAAAUAGAUGUCACGGGUAAAGACUUAAAUGUAGUCAUUGACAGUACACUCACAAGUAAGCAUGUCACGGCCAAAUCCUUAAUUUCAAUCAUCGACAGUACACUUAUAAGUAUAGAUGUCACGGCUAAUGUAUUAAGUUCAAUGAUUGACAGUACACUCACAAGUAUAGAUGUUAUGGCGAAAGCCUUUCUUUCAAUCAUUGACAUUGCACUCCAAGUAUAGAUGUCACGGCUAAAGUCUUAAGUUCAAUCAUUGACAGUACACUCACAAGUAUAGAUGUCACGGCUAAAGUCUUAAGUUCAAUCAUUGACAGUACACUCACAAGUAUAGAUGUCACGGCUAAAGUCUUAAGUUCAAUGAUUGACAGUACACUCACAAGUAUAGAUGUCACGGCUAAAGCCUUUAGUUCAGCUUUUUUCCCGAAUAGGUCGACCAAAGUGCGAUAUUGCCGAGACGUAUGGCCAAGGUCUGAUGUAACUGAAAUGACCGAGCAGUGUAUAUUUCUAUUUUUCCCGGCUUUUCCAAGAAGCAGCUAGACGUCGAUUAGCAAAAUUUAAUGUGGUAAUACAAGAUGACCUUGUUUUUGUCAUGAACGUUAAGAGAGCUUUCCGCAAGCCAGGCACAGAACACGGUAUUCUCUACAAGCUAGGCACAGAAUACGUUAUUCUCUACAAGCUAGGCACAGAAUACGGUAUUCACUACAAGCUAGGCACAGAACACGGUAAAAUACGGUAUUCUCUACUAGCCAGGCACAGAAUACGGUAUGCUCUACAAUCCAGGCACAGAACACGGUAUUCUCUACAAGCUAGGCACAGAACACGGUAUUCUCUACAAGCUAGGCACAGAACACGGUAUUCUCUACAAUCCAGGCACAGAACACGGUAUUCUCUACAAGCUAGGCACAGAACACGGUAUUCUCUACAAGCCAGGCACAGAACACGGUAUUCUCUACAAGCCAGGCACAGAACACGGUAUUCUCUACAAGCUAGGCACAGACCACGGUAUUCUCUACAAGCUAGGCACAGAACACGAUAUUCUCUACAAGCUAGGCAUAUAACUCGUGUUAUCUACAAGCUAGGCACAGAGCAAGGUGUUUUCCAACAACGCCGUAUCCAGAAAUGAUUGUUCCAUUCUGUGCUUGAAGCUUUUCACAAACUAGUCCGUGAAAACAAAACAAAUAUCUUUGCGAGCUUGUCCGAUCACCUCACGCCACCGAUCACCUUAUGCCACCGAUCACAUCAUGCCACCGAUCACAUCAUGCCACCGAUCACCUUAUGCCACCGAUCACCUUAUGCCACCGAUCACAUCAUGCCACCGAUCACCUUAUGCCACCGAUCACCUUAUGCCACCGAUCACAUCAUGCCACCGAUCACCUUAUGCCACCAAUCACCUUAUGCCACCGAUCACAUCAUGCCACCCAUCACCUUAUGCCACCAAUCACCUUAUGCCACCGAUCACAUCAUGCCACCGAUCACCUUAUGCCACCAAUCACCUUAUGCCACCGAUCACAUCAUGCCACCGAUCACCUUAUGCCACCGAUCACCUUAUGCCACCGAUCACAUCAUGCCACCGAUCACCUUAUGCCACCGAUCACCUUAUGCCACCGAUCACAUCAUGCCACCGAUCACCUUAUGCCACCGAUCACCUUAUGCCACCGAUCACAUCAUGCCACCGAUCACCUUAUGCCACCGAUCACCUUAUGCCACCGAUCACAUCAUGCCACCGAUCACCUUAUGCCACCGAUCACCUUAUGCCACCGAUCACAUCAUGCCACCGAUCACCUUAUGCCACCGAUCACCUUAUGCCACCGAUCACAUCAUGCCACCGAUCACCUUAUGCCACCGAUCACCUUAUGCCACCGAUCACAUCAUGCCACCGAUCACCUUAUGCCACCGAUCACCUUAUGCCACCGAUCACAUCAUGCCACCGAUCACCUUAUGCCACCAAUCACCUUAUGCCACCGAUCACAUCAUGCCACCGAUCACCUUAUGCCACCAAUCACCUUAUGCCACCGAUCACAUCAUGCCACCGAUCACCUUAUGCCACCGAUCACCUUAUGCCACCGAUCACAUCAUGCCACCGAUCACCUUAUGCCACCAAUCACCUUAUGCCACCGAUCACAUCAUGCCACCGAUCACCUUAUGCCACCAAUCACCUUAUGCCACCGAUCACAUCAUGCCACCGAUCACCUUAUGCCACCAAUCACCUUAUGCCACCAAUCACCUCAUGCCACCAAUCACCUCAUGCCACCGAUCACCUCAUGCCACCGAUCACCUCAUGCCACCGAUCACCUCAUGCCACCGAUCACCUCAUGCCACCGAUCACCUCAUGCCACCGAUCACCUCAUGCCACCGAUCACCUCAUGCCACCAAUCACCUCAUGCCACCAAUCACCUCAUGCCACCGAUCACCUCAUGCCACCAAUCACCUCAUGCCACCAAUCACCUCUUGCCAUUCGUAAAAAUGUCCUGCCAAAUCUUAAAUACAAGAUUAUCGGACUUUGGCAGGUCAAUUUACAACGGCACCGGCCAUUCUCCAGCUUUGCCGACCUGUACCAACAAGGACAGAUGUUUGGCAUCGGCCGUAACACAUAAUAAUAUAUUACUGAAUAACUCACACCAUUAUUUACACCCGAGUAAUCGAGUUGUAUUGAUAUUUUCAGAUUUUGAAGACCAUUCAACGCUGCCAGCUUUUAACAGACAAUUCUUAACACCUGGCAGCAUGUUUGACCAAAUACAUCCUAAAGAAAACAAGUAAGUUUAGCCAUCGACCCUGACGUGAUUUACCGUUUAAAAAAAAUCACAGAUGUAUUGAAUUCUAACUCUCUCAAAAGAGCAGCUAUUUUAGCCAUAAAUUUAAAAAACAAAAAAAAAAAAAACAACUUAAGGCAGGAAUUGUCACUGAAAGCGUAAACAUAUUUCAAAGGGGCCUAAAAAAUAAUCCAGUUGAAAAAUAAUCAAUUUCUAUACAUUGUGUAGCAGAGAUAUUAUCAAUAUUUUAUAAAACUUUUAUGCUCUAGGUCAGUGGUUCUCAACCUUCCUAAUGCCAUGACCCUUUAAUACAGUUCCUCAUGUUGUGGCGACCCCCAACCACAAUAUUAUUUUCGUUGCUACUCAAUAACCUUAGAGUAGCCUAUAUGUGUUUUCCGAUGGUCUUAGGCGACCCCUGUGAAAGGGUCAUUCGACCCCCAAAGGGGUCGCGACCAACUGGUUGAGAACCGCUGCUCUAGGUUAUGUUCUUGCUAACACUUUUCUUUGAAUGAUAAAACUUGCUUCCUCUGUCAAUCGCUUUGCAAAAUUUUUUGCAAAACAGGCAACACGCCGACGGUUAACAGCUUUUGAUCUUUCUUUAUACGCUACUAUGAUUCACGUCCUUAUCUCUGGUACUCAUCUCUGCCUGUCACGUCUAUCUCUCCCUCCCUCCCUCUCUCUCUCUCUCUCUCUCUCUCUCUCUCUCUCUCCAUCCCUCUCUCUAUCUCGCUCUCUUUAUUCACUGCCCAAGUCAGUCCCACAUGACUGUACUCUACCCUCCAACGGUAAUCUCACUGCUCCCCGAGUGUGGUAUCCCCCAACUGUCCUCAAACUGCUGUGCGGCUGAGUUCUGAUUUUUAAGUCCCCAAUUAAAGGUCCUAGCUAAUUAGCCCCCAAAUUAAUCGUGGCAUCUCUUAAGAUUCCUUCUCAGGACAUUUCUCAUUAACUCCCAAUCCUUGAUUGAUAACUACUGUCUAAAUGGACAUUUCUGAUUAACUAGCCAUCCUAGAUUGAUAACUACUGUCUAAAUGGACAUUUCUGAUUAACUAGCCAUCCUUUAUUGAUAACUACUGCCUAAAUGGACAUUUCUGAUUAACUAGCCAUCCUAGAUUGAUAACUACUGUCUAAAUGGACAUUUCUGAUUAACUAGCCAUCCUUGAUUGAUAACUACUGUCUAAAUGGACAUUUCUGAUUAACUAGCCAUCCUUGAUUGAUAACUACUGUCUAAAUGGACAUUUCUGAUUAACUAGCCAUCCUUGAUUGAUAACUACUGUCUAAAUGGACAUUUCUGAUUAACUAGCCAUCCUUGAUUGAUAACUACUGUCUAAAUGGACAUUUCUGAUUAACUAACCAUCCUUGAUUGACAACUACUGUCUAAAUGGACAUUUCUGAUUAACUAGCCAUCCUUGAUUGAUAACUACUGUCUAAAUGGACAUUUCUGAUUAACUAGCCAUCCUUGAUUGACAACUACUGUCUAAAUGGACAUUUCUGAUUAACUAGCCAUCCUAGAUUGAUAACUACUGUCUAAAUGGACAUUUCUGAUUAACUAGCCAUCCUUGAUUGAUAACUACUGUCUAAAUGGACAUUUCUGAUUAACUAGCCAUCCUAGAUUGAUAACUACUGUCCGUGUCCCGUGCAAUCCGAUAAUUCAACGCAUUGACGACGGUAUCCUCCAACGACAGUUGCGGACUAAGCCAGUCUGAGCUACCCAGUUCCCCCCCCCCCACACACACACACACCUCGGUCUGCCUGGACAUUUCACAUAUUCACAAGCCACUAGAUUUUGCAUUCCAAUGGCUUGAUGUGUAACCUCUACUGUCUCCGUCAUGGUCAUACUAGCCUCGCCCCGGAGUCUCCGGGCCUGUGGGAAUUCUCCACCCCCUACACUACCAACGUUGUCACUCCACAAUAUUUAUAUAUAUAUAUAUAGGUGUGUGUAUAUACAUAUAGUGGUUUUUUAACUUCACUAUUUAUUAAAGCAGAUCUUUGAAAAGUUAACUUUAGGGUCCUGUGACUACGACGUCAGAUUCAUGGCUUGAGUGACUUUUUAUGGAAAGCGUUUAGCUAACGUUGUCUCUUGAUGUGAUUGUCAGGCUUAAUUGUUCAUUCAAUUAAAAAACCUGUUACUUAAGUAUUGGUGGAUGCGUCUCUUUAAAUUGUUGCUUUUAGCUAAGCGCUAAAUUGGAAAGCCACCUCACCUUAUAACUGUGACAUUGGGUUCAAACCGGGAUAUUUGAACGGUUGCUUGCUGCUGGUGGUGUUUUCUUCCGUUUCUUUUCAAGUCCAUUGUUCUAUUGAUUUUUUUUAUUGAUUUUGUAAUUAUUAUUUUUUUUUUUUUUACAGUCAACGAAAUUGCAGCUCAGCGAUUAAUGCGAUUGGUCCCAAUGUAUGCGACCCCAGGGAUCAAGAUGGAGGACAAGCUGGCAAUAGUAACGUUGUCAACAUGUAAGUAUUUAUUGUUUCUUCUUCUUGUUAGUAAGGGAGUGAACCGAUAGUGGAAAGUGACGGGCUAAUUAUAGUGUGACCCAUCAAGACUUAUAUCCCUUGUAUACAAGGACCCUGCUUCAGUCGAGGCCAUUCCAAUUGGCGGGAUGCCCCUGCCGUCACACCCAAAGAGGAUACCAGAUUAAAAAACCGGAACUUUUCAGGGUCGGACCCGGGAACUCUGGGAGCAGGCAUCACAACCGGCGUACCUGGGUGGGAGCAGGCAUCACAACCGGCGUACCUGGGUGGGAGCAGGCAUCACAACCGGCGUACCUGGGUGGGAGCAGGCAUCACAACCGGCGUACCUGGGUGGGAGCAGGCGAUUAUUCUCGCGAUAUUUUUUUUUUUUUUUUUUUUUUUUUUACUAAUUUAGCACAGUUAUCGAGAAUUUUAUUUCAUGAAAGCAGUGGCAUCAUAUUACUUUCAGCUUCCCCUUGAAAAACAGGGGAAAAAACUUAUUUUGGGUGGUUGGGGCUGAAAAUUUGCUAGAAUGUGUUGUCAUUGUCAACGGGUCUGUGUGCCAAGUUUCAGCAAGUGGGUCAAUUAGCCGUCCGAAAAUUUAGCCACACACCCAGCCACGAACAAAAGUGAGGUUAAUGUAAAGGCUUUAAAAAUUAGACUGGAUUUGGGGGAAAAAUAUUUUGUUAACUUAAUAAAUGUUGACACUACUGACUAAAAUAUUAACAAUUGUACACAACUUGUUCAUCCCCAGUUAUCACAUUAUCAGCAACGUCAACAAUGUCAUCAUUGGAGACGGUGGACUGAUAACUAUGAAUGGGGAUGACAAUGAAAGGGACGAGUAGGUGACAAUCAUCUUCCGCUAAAAGCUCGAGUGAAAAGAUAACGAUGCCAGUUGGAUAUAGAACUCAGGAUGGCGUGAGUUGAAACUGUUCUAGUUUAAAAUGUUGUCUUCGCUAGUUUAUUUAUUUAUCUAUGUGCUGAAACUGAAGAUGUACAAUUGAAUUAAAAAUACAAAACAUUUCCAUUCAUUUGGAUCGAUCAAAUAAUUUGAAGGUCUAUCUUAUUAUGGAUAAAAGUUUAGAUUUCGUGGCAUUUACUUUGACUUAAUCUAACUGCUUGUACGCACAUUUUGGAUGUUAAAUUACGGGGAAAGUUGUUAAAGAGUGAACUUAUUUAAAGGAAGUUUUUUCUUUAAUGUGGAAUAUUACAGGAACAAAUGUCAAAUAUGCUUUAAAAAAAAAAAAUCACUGGAUUGAAUAAGUUGAUUUGCUGAAAAGUGUUAAGAUUUUUGUUUAAAGCAAAUUUAGCCCAAAGUCAAAUCGUUUGUGAUUGUUCUUGAAGAGUCAGCAAUGUUCUUGUCAGUUUUCAAGUGCGCAUUUUUUGUAUCACUAAUAGUCAUAGUGAACUUGAAAUAGAUAACAAUAACACCACGGAACUCACCAAGGUCGAGGAAGG